AUCACUUCCUGUAUGCAGUGACAUCACUUUUGGUUUAGCAGGUCCCAGGUAGGAAGGUUCCCUCAACAGAAUGGAUAUUUUCCUGCUCUUCUUCAUCUCAUCCCUCCUGCCUGGGAUCUGCACUUACGCGGUCCCUGGUCAGAACCCCUCCCUUCGCUUUGUGGCUCUCGGAGAUUGGGGGGGACUGCCCCUUCCCCCCUAUACUACAAGACAGCAGGAACUGGUGGCUGAAGAAAUGGGCAAAACCGUGGCCAAACUGGGUGCAGACUUUAUUCUGUCUUUGGGUGACAAUUUCUACUAUGACGGUGUCACUGAUGUGUCUGACCCUAGAUUCAAGAUCACUUUCGAGUCGGUGUACAAUGCUGAGUCCCUCAUCAACCUACCUUGGUACAUACUGGCGGGAAAUCACGACCACAAAGGGAACGUUUCUGCGCAGAUCGCUUACACCAAUGUCUCCAAGCGAUGGAACUACCCUGAUUACUACUACGAUCUUUCCUUCACCGUCCCUGGCAGCAACGUUACAGUGAGACUUCUGAUGCUGGAUACAGUCGAGUUGUGCGGAAAUUCAGAUGACUUCCGUGACGGGCAACCCCGAGGUCCAACCAAUCUCAAAACGGCAGGGUCGCAGCUGGAGUGGCUGGUAGAGAAGCUGCAGAGCGCCAAGGAGGAUUACUUGCUGGUGGCUGGUCAUUACCCGGUGUGGUCAGUGGCGGAACAUGGGCCGACUAACUGCCUGCUCCAUAGCGUAGAACCAUUGCUUAAGAAGUACAAGGUCACAGCCUACCUGUGUGGACAUGAACACAACAUGCAGUACCUUCAGGAUGACCAGGGCAUUGGCUAUAUGCUGAGUGGAGCUGGAAACUUUAUGGAGAAUUCCCGAGUUCACGAGGACGAUGUCCCCAAAGGUUAUUUGAAAUUUUUUCAAGGUGAUCCUGACACGAUGGGAGCCUUUGCCUUCAUAGAGAUCACCCCUAAAGAAAUGACCAUAACCUACGUACAAUCCGACGGCAAAUGCCUCUAUCAGACCACGUUGUACCCUCGCACCUUUUAACUGGAGCCUGAGACGGUCGUGCACUGACUGUAUUACGGGAAGGGGUUAAUUUUAUUUUACAUGACAAUCAGUCAUGGCCGUGAUUGCCUUUACAAGUAUUUUAACAUGCUGGGCAGGUCCUCUGCAACCUUACACUGUUUAAUGGGAUCAAUACUGUUCUAUAAAGUCAGGGACUAAGCGUAAAUGCCAAAACAUGAUGCUUUUAACCUUCAUUUUGCACUUGUGAGUAUUCAUAGGCAUAUACUAGUAAGGCAUGGAUAAAGACUAUUACAUUAAGGUGAAACUUCCCCAGAAGUGGGGCAGGACAGCGGGCACCAAUAACAUGCCCAGUUUAGUACUGGGGUGUACUUUAGCCCCAAGGGGGCACUGGGAAAAUGUGCAUGCAUAAAUUUACCCCACGGCAUGUUGUCUGACCCCAACUAACAGCACAAGUCGUUGGAAUGAUAACUCUGGAUGCUGCAGGGGAAGUAUAUUGUUUAAAAAAGUACCAUUUGUGAAACAGAUCUAUAAAGCAUCUUGGUUUAAAGGAAAAUAAAUAUAAAACAGAAAAGUUCCCCUUAAGGUCCCCAUACACGGGCCGAUAGUAGCUGCCAAUAUUGGUCCCUUGGACUGAUUCAGCAGCUUAUUGGCCUGUGUAGGGGGAACGACGACUGGCCUGUCCGACUGGUAUUUGGUCUGAAAUUGGGCAGAUAUCGAUCGGGCAGGUUAAAAAAUUCAGUCGGAUCGGGGACCACAUCGGCUCGUUGAUGCGGCCCCCAAACUGACUGCGCCCAUUACAAAUUAGCCUAAAUUCCCCCGAUAUCGCCCACCCGUAGGUAGGGAUAUCGGGAGAAGAUCCGCUCGCUUGGCAACAUCGCCAAGCGAGCGGAUCUUAACGUGUAUGGCCACCUUUAGGCAUCAUAUGAAUUGUAAAACCUAUCCUUGUUGUAAGUCUUUAUGCCUAGAGGAACAAUCUCAUUAGCUGUGGCCCUAUAAGCCAACCUUUAAUAUAAUCAGUAUUAUCCUCAGCCUUUUAAUCAAUUUAACACCAGCUUAAUUUUCAGAUUUUAUGUGCUGCUAUCUUCUCCAAUCUGGCAAUCUUUACGGGUAAAAAACAAAAUCCGCUGAGUGAUUGUGUCAUUAGAGGUUUUUCCCAAAGUGUUUUUAUGCACGUUUUUAAGACGACACAGGAACUUCCAAUUAAUGUUGUAUUUUUGUAAUGAACAUUUUUGCUUUUUCAAAAUGAUGUUGAUAUUUUGAUAAUACUGUUGGUAUUUUGAUAAGUUAAAAGAAAAUUACAUUAAAAUAAGAAAUACAGAAAUAAGUCUGUGUAAUUUACUCAGGUUUAGAUUGUUAGUCACCCUGGCCUCUUAAACUGCUUUCUUUUUAAUAAGUGCUCUUUUAUGUGUUUGUCUGUUACCAGAAAAUAAUACAGAAAUAAAUUUAUCAAAUGAAA